AUGACUACGGUCAGCUCGACGACAAAUUAUGUCCGUGCGACACCGACUACGAAGCCAAUUUCGUACACCACUCCUCCUCCUCCGAGCACAACCAGCUGUAGUGGCUACCUGUGUCCAACAGCCUGUGUGCCCACGACGACACGAGUAACCAAUUAUCUUUGCGACGUCGAUUGUCUCGGAAAGUCGACGGUCACUUCAACCAUCACAGUCUUUGAUCCUCCAGUGACAACUUCCAUCCUUUGCGGGCCAAGGUACAAGCGUUUCCUUGCCCAUGAUGAAGAACCAGUACUUGAGAAGCGCCAGACGUGUUCCAGUGGACCAUGGUUUACGACCUCCAGCGAACUUCCGUGCACGGCCUGCAGCCAGUAUUCGCCUACCACUUCUGUGACAAAACGGAUGCCCGUCAGUACAGUCACGCUAAUUGCGCCAUGCAUGACAACGGCAACUUCCACGUCGACCAAGAGACCUACGUCCACCAUCCCUUUGCCAACGGUGUAUCCGUGCUUUUGGGUGUGCACAAACUCUGUCACGCGCACGACCUAUUAUGCCACUGCGACACCUGCACCCGGAUGGGAUUGGUGUGGACAAGCUUGCCCUGCCGCCAAAUGA